UGACCGCACAACCAUUUCUGUAAUUGCACCAUGCUUCUCUCGGACCACCACCGUCGAAUUUCUGUUUUUCCUUUUUCCGCCUCCUAAAAACACGUGUGCUAUUUGGGAUGUGCACCGUAUCCAUACGGGAUACAGGAGACUAUAACUUGGCAUCGAUAUUAUUAAUGUAUUUAUCGUCGAAAAUCUGUCCAGUGGUAAUGAUACGGAUAUGGCUUCAGCCGUACUUCGCACAGUGGGUGACAUUUUUUUGUUCACUCUACGGCUGUAUCGUUACGGUCAUAUCUGCAAUGGUACAGUGCAUAUCCCUAACAUGUAUUCUGUUCACCAAGCUUGGCUGGCAGCUGAUCUUUGGAAUGCCUUUUCGGCGUACGCUCUUGCUAAUGUCUCGGAACAUUCGUCCGCCAACCCACACCUGGGUUCCCUUACGCCGUUUCGCAACCAUCGCAUUAAUGAAAUAUUCUCCGUUUCUGCGUCACGAGUCUCUUCAUCGCUCCUCCUCCUCUUCGCUAUUCCGAGCUUUGAUCAUUUAAUUUUUGGAAGAUGUUCUUCUUGAUAGCAUAACAUACUCGAGCCUCGGCAAAACGCUUUUGCGUGUGCCUUCGAUAUCUCGCACCUCAGUCACCUCCCUUUCGUGUGUCAAGCCUGGCACUUUCCUCUGGUAUGCACUGGGUUAUGCCUAUACACCGCCUCGCUCAGCAUUCAUCCCGCUUC